AUGACAAGUCAAAUGAUCGAUGCUCACAAUCAAAUUCGCCACUCAUCGCACCUUCCACAUCUAUAUUUUAGCCGACGAUUGCAACAGGCUGCCCAAACACAUUGCAAUCGAAUGGCCAAGCUUAACCAACUGUCACAUGAGGAAAAUCUUUCGGGUCGAAAGACCGUAGGCAAUCGUGCUCAUCAAGCGGGCUAUCAUUAUUCAGCUGUUGGUGAAAACAUUGCGUCUGGACAAACGACAAAAUUUGGAUUUGCAUUUUCAAGAACUGAUCAUAUAGCAAAUUUAAUUUUCAUGCAAUCAUGUUCAAUCUAUAUUGGUACUUGUCGACACUGUAAGUGCAUUUAUGGACCAUCAUCAAUUCUUGAUCAACAUACUAAUCAGAUAAUUAUUACUCAUCAAUUAAUUCAAAGCGUCGAUUAUGUUUAUUUUUCUGGUGAUCUUGUUUAUUUACGACAAUUGUUGACAAUUUUCAGCAAUAGUUUUAUCCAUGCUCACACAACAUUUGAAGAUUUUGCUGAAAGUUACAUAUCAACCCUUAGUGAUCUACAUCCAUAUCAAGUACCAAUGUAUUCACCAAAUACAUUUGCAAAACAUUUAGAAAUUGUUUGGCUAUAUUAUGAACUCAGUCGAUUUAUUUUUAUUACUACUUGUGAAACAUCAGUCAGCUUUCCAAAAUCCUUUCAACCAGAAACAAGAUCAAUAUUUAUUGAAAAGAACUUACCUGUUUUAUUUCGCAUCUUUACUGUAUUUUGGUCAAACCAUCAUAUUAUUAAUGGGAUUAAAUGUAAAGAAGAAUUAUGCUCAUGGGUUAUGCUGAUUGAUGGUCGUCAAAAAUGCACACGUAUUAUAUGUCAAUUUGACAAUGUAACCAACAUGAGUCAUCCAGAGAUGGGACCUGUUGUUCAAGGUUGUCCAUAUGCACCAAGAAGAACAAAAAAAGAUGAAAAAAGAAAAGAUCAAUUGGGUUUUUAUUGUUCUCAUCAUGCAAAAUAUAUUGAGAAAAUGAAAAAUGGUGAACAAUCUUAUACAAAUGAAUAUAAAGAAGCAAAUAAAAUUGAUCAACAAAUAAUAGCUGAUUUAGAUAAUGAAGAUAUGUGCAAUACAAAUGAUUUUGGAGUUGGACAUCGAUUUUUUGCUCAAAAAAUUGAACCACAUUUUAUUAGUUCUUGUAUUUUUGAAAGUGUAUAUUUUGAUCUCAAUGAAAAAUGUGAAAUUACGAAAGAAAAAGAAUGUAAAGUAGAAUCUCUUGAACGCAAUUAUGAAGAACACGAACGUGAUGAUGAAGAAAUGAUUGAAUGA